CAGACAAACAUACAUGGUAAUUUUACGUCCCUGAAACACAUGUCUGUGUUUUCCACAGAAACCAUGAAAGUAGCUUCCUUCAACAUCCAAAGAUUUGGAAAAUACAAAGUUUCCGAUCCCGAUGUUCUCAACAUCCUGACCAAGAUCGUGUCCCGCUAUGACAUCAUAGUGAUCUUGGAGGUGGUGGAUGUGAGUGGAGAGUCGGUGCGCGCUCUGUUGGAGGCGCUCAACAGGUCCACCUCGCAGCACCACUACACCCUGAAGAUCAGCACCCGCCUGGGCCGUGGGCGCUACAAAGAGCAGUUCAUGUUCCUGUACAGGGACGACAUGGUGGACCUGGUGGGCUCGUACCAGUACGACGACCAGUCCACUGAGAGUGGGGAUGUGUUUGCCCGAGACCCGUACAUCCUGAGGUUCCGUUGCCUGGACACAGUGCUGAAGGACCUGGUGCUGAUCCCGGUCCACACCAAACCCGAUGACUCGGACAAGGAGUUGGACGAGCUCUAUGAUGUGUUCCUGCAUGUUAAAGAAAAAUGGAGAACCGAUAACGUGAUGAUCCUGGGAGACUUCAACGCUGACGGCGCAUAUGUCACCAAGAAGGACAUGAAGGAAAUCCGCAUCCGUAGCGACAAGAACUUCCACUGGCUUAUUGCGGACCACAUGGACACGACGGCGAGGACAGGGAAUGACCACACCUACGACAGGAUUGUGGUGUACGGAGACGACAUGCUGCACGCUGUUGUGCCUGGCUCAGCUCAACCCUUCAACUUCCAGAAAGAAUACGGACUCAGCGAGCUACAGGCUCUGAAGGUCAGCGACCACUACCCCGUGGAAGUCCAGCUGAAGUCCAUCCAUGACACUGCUGACGAGAAAGUGGAUCUGCCUGAGGACCUGGAGGAGCUGAAGAGAGGGAACCUGCUGCUAGAGAGAGAAAAGCUCAACCUGGAGAUCCAGAUUCUGCGGCUGAAAAUGGCCAAGCUGACCGGCAGCAACGAGCUCUGAGGUCUGAGCAUCCAGAAUGUCUCAGGAGAAGCUUCAACAGAUGAUGGACAUGAACCAUCUUCAUUCGAGCUCAGCAGCAUCUGAGAGGUCAGCGCCUCACCCUGCCCCAGCUGCUCUCUGGCCCCCUCAGGUCACCACAGAUGAGGC